AUGUCUCAUCCACAUAGCCAACCCCAUCAUCAAAACAUUCCAAACGCUGGUGAAACACUCCGAUCAUCAAACAUACCAUCAUUGAAUGCCAACCAUCAAAACUCAUCCAACGGAUCAUCCCACAGAUACCUUCCGAAUGUUGUGGAUCCUUUCCUUCCUCCUUUCUGUGCUCAGUUUUCUAUUGUGAACGAGAUGCCUCCUUUGAUGUUUAAAGAACAACCAGUUUUUAAAACCAUGGACCAAUCAAAAGAUUUGUACACUUACAAUUUACUUCAAUGCCCACAUCACAAAGAAGAUGUUAUGAAAUGGUUGAGUUGUGAUGAUUCAAAUCUUGUUCAAGGACUUCAUCAAAUGCUAUCUAACAAUCCGAAAGGUAACGAGGAAAUCAUUCUCAACCAGAAUGGAGCCUUGCUUGAUAAGAAAAAUCUCAAUACAGGCAACAAUUCAGCACUUUUGAAUGCUCUACUAAAAUAUCAAGAAAACAAGGAAAACAUUAUCAAUCCUGAACCGGUUGCCGUAGAGGCUCAAAAGAAAAGCACCUCCCAAAAGGAACCUCCCAAAGUAACAUCAAAUACCACACCAAUCAAGGUCAGGCAAAAAAGGCCGGCUAGAAAAUACAAGAAGAUUGAAUUGAACUUGGAGGAAGAGUCGCCAAACAAAUCUGUAGAAAAGGCUGAACAAAAACCACAAGCGAAAGCUACCCAUCCCUCUUCCAAGACAAUCAUUAAAGCUGACUUGGCACCUAAAUUGGACGAUAACGAGAAUAUAAUUGGCGCUCUUGAUGAGUUAUUUGCAUGGAGCGAUUUUAGAGAAACUGAAGAUGAACUGGUUCAGGAAAAGAUGCUCAAAGAGGCGGAAGUUGAGAUUGAAUUGGGACAAAAGAACAACUACCUCAAAGAUGUUCCUACUGAAAAGUUGACCAAGUUGCUCAACGUUCUUGAGUCUCAGGUUAAAAUAGGUUUAGAAUUGUUGAAAGCGGUAACAGAAACUGUAAAAGAAGAUCUUAUCAAUUCCCUAAAACAAGAUAGAGAAACUUUGAACAUUGCAUGUAGAUGCUCAAUACUUGGAUUAACAGUUAUGUCAGGAAAAGGUCUUUCUAAGGAAAUACUUUUAGAAGAGUGUUUUGACACGAUUUUAGACUUCUCCAAAACUAUUUUGAGAAAGUACAUUUAUCCUAUCGUUGAAUCUGAGGAUUUACUCAAAAAGAAGUCAAACAAAAAAUUCAGUUGCAAUUCUGAAAUUAUACAUGUUUGCAAAAUUUUCAAAAGGUUAGACAAGAUGCUGCGAAAGCAAAAGCUCAAAGAUGAGUUUAUCCUAACAAUUUCUGAUAUUGCUGUUUCUACAUUUUUCGUGAGUGGAAUUGAAGAGAUUCAGUUGUCAUCUCUAGGAGUGAUUACAAAGAUAUUUUCUUCGUAUGCUGAACACAGAGAUCAAAUCUUAGGUGAAAUUACUGUUUCCUUGUUAAGGCUUCCUGCUCACAAGAAGACAGAUAGAAGGUUUAGAAUAGCUGAAAGUUCGACCUACAUACAAAUGUUUACUUCUCUCAUGUUGCAACUUAUUCAUUCAUGUACAGACAUCAAAAGCAAGGAAACAUCUAUUGCAAGAAAACUCGUUUUUGGAGACGAGAAUGCAGAGGAAACUACUUCAGACAACGAGGAUGAUGACAUUAUGCAAGAUGACACACCAGAAUCAGAAGACAGCAUUCUAGAGUCGUACGAACAAGCUGUUCGUUGUGCAACUACAUUUUCUGAAUAUUUCAUGGAAAGAUGUACGAAAUCAGAGUCUGUAGAUGGUGACAACCGUUUAAUUAUUGAACACUUUGUUGAAGAUCUAUUAACUGUUCUUCCACUGCCAUCAUGGCCUGGAGCUGACUUACUCUUACAAGCUUUGGCCAACGUAUUGUGCAACAAAUACUUGUCCCAAAAAGAUGUAGCGGAUAAGUUCCGUCAGUUAGCGCUCAAAAUUUUAGGAAAAAUUGCAGCACGUACCAAAGAAUUGGAAUUCAAAAAUUCAGAAUUCAUGAAAGAGUACAUGUUAACAAUGGGUUGUGUUGAGGACGAUGACGCUGAUAAGAAAUCUCAAGAGGAACAUCCUUUUACCACUCCUCAAAAGUCAAAAUCGUUUUCUGAAAGCCCAACUCAAAAACUACAAAAUGAGUUUAAGAACUUGUUCCAGCUAGACGAAGUUGAUAAGAUGAAAAUUUCACUAUUUACAUAUUUGUGUACUCAGGAAAAGGACGAACCAAUGUUGGCCUUCGCAAAACAGUUUAUUGUGUGUCAAUGGUUUUAUGACGAACGUGAGAUUGAAAAGAAGGCUCCUUUCUACAAGUCACUUUUCGGCAGAGACGAUUCAGACAUCUCAAACUCAAGUGUUCAAGCUUCGCAUGCAAAGGACUUAUACUUGAAUGUAAUUUGUAAUAGAACAUCAAGCGUGAUCAACAAGUUUGACUUUGUGUUUGGCCAGAUUAUUUCUGAGCUCAAAGACGAGAAAGCAAAAGUCAGAGCUGACGCAGUUAAGGCUCUUCAGACAGUCAUUAAUAUUGAUUCAUCCGUUCUAAUGAAAAAUUAUGUGCAAAUGGGAAUACGAGAGAGAACACUUGAUGAGUUUCCAAGCGUACGAGAAUGCGUCAUUGACCUAAUUGGAAAUGCCAUGAUUACUUUAAAGAGAUUUGAAGACUUUUACAUCAAGAUCAUACUUGAUAGAGUAAAAGUGGAUAAGGCUAAAAGCGUUAGAAAGAAGAGUAUUACUAUUCUAGGAGAUAUUUGCACUCACAUCACAGACGACGGUACUAUCACUGAAAUUUGCAAGACCUUAGCAACUCGAUUGAGUCACCAAAGCAAAGAAGAGGAUAACAUCAAAGAACUGGUUUUGAAAACAUUUACAAAACUGUGGUUUGACAAAAACACUUCUGAAAAGCUGAAAAUUAGCGGCUUACAAAUUGUUGAUGUGAUUGGAAAGCAAAAUAUUGAUUUUAAACAAUAUAAGGAUCAUUGGCUCUAUCAAAUCAUUAAGAUGUCUUCGGAUUCAAAGGAACAUGAUAAGAUAAAAAAGUCUCUCUCCAUGAUUAUUGAGCCUUUACUGCAACAUGUUAUUAAACUUGCAGGAGAACCAUUAAAUCUUGACGUGUCAAACAGAUCAAACAUUGCAACAUGUAUGGCUGCAUUACAUCUAAUUUGCUUGGCUGAUUAUUCUUUGCUUUUACCUCACUUCAAGACCGUGUCUGUAUAUGCAAAUUCUGGGUAUCCAGGAGCAGUAAUUUUCCAUGCUGUUUCUAUGAUUGAGAAGAUUUGUCCCUACAUAAACAAGCCUGAACCAAAUUAUUGCACCAAGCUACAGACAGAACUUCUUCAAACUAUCUUUUCUUCACAAGGAAUCAAACCAGAGACUAUUGAUGCCUGUAUUAGCUGUCUUUGUGCUUUUUUAAGAAGAAUUAAGAAUACUCAAGAAAUUUAUAGAAUACUGACAAGAAUUUUAAAUCUCAUGACAGUGAAUGAGACGAAUUUGAAAAAUGAUGCAACAACAGCUAGAUUACUCUAUGCAGCCGCUUUAUUUUGCAGAUAUCAUGACGUUGAUACAAUCACAGACAUUCCAGCAAAUGCUACUCAUCCAAAUCUCAAGCCAGGUAGUGUUGUGACAUCUAUAUAUAAUAUUGUUAUUGGUUGGAUGGCACAAGGCACUAAUUUACUAAAACAGAAAGCUGCAAGAUCCAUGGGAUUCCUUCUUAUUCGACAACCACAGCUUUUCCUGCGGCAACAGAGCCAAAAGGUCAUUUCUGAAUGUCUGAAAAGCCCAAACAAGGAGCUUGUAAUUCAAGUGGUGCUCAUGUUCAAAGACUUUUUGUUGGCAGAAGAAUCCAAGUUGAGUGCAGCGGGCAAUCAAGACAAUGUAGAUGCGGGUGUGACGUCAACCCUUAUUUCUUACUACAUGGAUUCCAUUAUCGCAUUGUUGGAUGAUCCAACAGAUGUUAUCAGAUUGGCUACUUUAGAAGUGUUAGAUCUCACAGUGCAGCAAGGAUUAACCAUUCCUUCAAGAAUUAUGAAGUAUAUUAUUGCUAUGGAAUGUGAUCCCAAUAAUGAAAUUAGAGAAAAAGCUCACACUCUCAAUCUGUACUUGUAUGAUAGAUUUGCUAAACCAUUUAUUGGUGAGACGAGACCUGGAUUCCUCUUGUCGUAUUCUCAUCUUCAAAAGAUUAAUGAAGGAAACGUGGGAGUGAGAGGAAUCGUGACAGCUUCUUCAACAGUUGACGAAACUCACAGCGUCUUUAAGGGAGCAUAUUCAUUUGUAGGAGAUUUUCCACCAGAAACCAAGAAAAACAUCAUGUCUGAUGUUGUGAAAUCUGUUUUCAACUUGUUAGAUACGAAAAUGGACAAUCUUGCAUUAUUGAAUCAGGUGAGCUUUAUGGUUGAGGCCUUGACUUUUAUACCUUACAAGACACUAGCUGAAGUUGCUGGAAUGGUGUGUACCAUACAAGAAAAAUUAGAUACUAUUGGCGAUAGUUAUUGCGAAGAAUUGAAGACUCAAAUCAAGAAGGACGAUAAGAACUUGACAGAGAUUCAUAGAAAUAUUGCGUUAGCUACUUCUCUUUGCUUCUUAAUUCAGUUCAAGAAUACAUUGAAAAUUAGAUAUAACUUGAACAAUGCAAAGAUGGAAGAUUAUUUGGCAGAUCCAAAAUCGUUCCAGAAAAAGACCAAUUCUUCUGUCAAGAACUCGAUUCUUUUCGACUUUAAGACAACCUUACCAAAGCUUCGACAAGUACUCUCUAGUCCAGUAUUUGAGGAAGGUACUGUAAAAGAGAUUUACAAAUGGGCAAAGGAAAUUAUCAAAGGUCAUAUGCAAGAUGGAUUAGUUGUUGACGUAAGCUCCAAGUCAAAGAAAGGUCGAAAGAAACAAGCUGCUAAAAAGCCCUCAACAAAGAAAAAGGCGACGAAGAGAAAAAAGAAAGACGAAGAUGAAUGGAACUCUGGUGAAGAGACUCCUGAAGAAGUAAUGUCUGAACCAGAGGAAGAAGAAGAAGAAGAGCCAGUAGCAAGUGAGGUUGAAGAGGAACCAGAGCAAGAAGAAGAGGUCAUUCCAGUUCGUACCCGUAGAAAAAAGGCAAAGAAAUAA